AUGUCCAAGAAGGAUGUGGCGUGUUUCUGGAUCGUACUGCUCCUGUGCCAAGAGCUACGGACCGACCCGAUCGCAGAGAUGGGACCAUCCUCCGGCAUCCUGAUUCAAGAGACACCAGGGUUCAUCUUAACAGUGAAGAGGAUCCUGACCCGACGUGUGUUCGUCAGCUUGGACCCCAAGAUUUCCAUCGAGAAGGCAUACAACAUUUCAUCGAUGCAGCUUCCUGAGUUACAGACUUGGUACCAGAUGCACCUCCAAAGAGCACAGGACCGUGUGCGAAACAUCUUGGAGCAAGCCCGGAAACCAUUUGUAUCCAGUUCUAUUCCGAUGAGCAACCGACCCAAAAGGUUCCUCACCGCUAUAAUUGUUGCAUUAGUUUGUGCCACUGUCGGUGCAGUUGUCGCAACUGGAAUGUCUGCAGCCAACUCUAUUACUGUCCAAAAGCUGGAUAUGGAAAUCUAUGCGCUAAAGCAACACAUUAACGAUAUUCAUCAGGUGAUACAACAGCAAAGAACACUUCUCCAAGACGUGUUAACUAUUGUGGAAGACACAGUUGUUACAACAAAUUUGCAUUCAGAGUUAAUUGCCAAAUCCACUGAGUUGCACCAAAGUCAUGACUUAUUCAAGCGUGAACUUUUAUUUCUGCAUGACCCAAUAUUGUUCCACACACUUGCUUUUCUUGACGAAGUGCAAACUGGAAUGAUCGAAUUGGCAGGGGGACGCAUACCUCUGUAUUUUGUAUCCAAGGAUAUUGUUCAUGCGAUGCUUGCCAAUGUGGAUGGAGAGACAAUUGAGCCUAUGCAAUUAAAUCUGGCCUUUGAGAUGGGGAGCGCUAUACCUCUCUUAAUUGAUCCGGAACGUAUGGAGAUUUGCUUUUUAUUGACCAUACCAUAUGUAAUUCUCAAAGACAUUUUUCAAAUGAAAAUAAUGUACUAUGUAAUAAUGAUAUUAUGGUUGAUUGUACUAAGUGUAAAGUUCAAAACUCUUACAGGUACAAAUAUAUACAAAAAUGUUCAUUCCACGCACGGGCUUCUGUUAGAAAUGAUGUGAUUGCACAAUAUGUCUGAUAACUUCUAUAGUGCUUAUUCAUAAGCUAAAUUAAUUUUGGCUAUGAAAUGCACUAAAGGGGGGUUAUGUCAGAGUAUUUAUAUCGGCAGACAUUUUGUGCUAAGAUAGAAACUAAAAGUGUAUAUUCUGAGUCACUCUGAACAGACCAGACUCCAUUUUGUUAUUCCAAGUUAACAAAGACAAAGAGACACAGGAUUUCUUUCUGUAAGACUGGCCUCUUUGCCAGAGCUAAGGAAUGCAUAGUAUAUACAAGCCAAGUGAUAAGGAAGGGGGUUGGACAGACUGUCUAAUGCUAAUGGAAUAUAAUCAAAUCUAAACCCAGACAAUUGUGACAGAGAAGAUUAAAUAAUUUAAUAUUUAACUGUCUAUAUAUAUAAGGUACCAUUGUAUGGAAAAGGGUAAACUUAGUUCAUGAUCUGUCAUAUCAGAAAUUAUGGCAGGAAUUGCAGACGCUAAGUCUGGACAAAAUUUAAGAAACCCUUUGAAAUUUUAAGUUAUAGCCACUAUCUAGAUAGGCCAAAAUGACGUCAAAAUAGUCACCAGGAAAAGUUAACUCUUUCCUGGAUAGGUAUGUUUAGUGGGACAAGACUGCCCUCUACAGACCAAAUACCUAAUUUGCGAUCUGGAAGAUAACCACACCUCUAGUGCUUCUAUUGGGUUAUCAACUGAUGACGUACAGAGAGUAUGGCCCUUUAAAAGUUAAGACAAAGGGAAGAUAGGGAGAUAGGAGAGGGGAGGCAGAUGCAGGACAUAUGCAAAGGAGAGGAGAGAGGAAUUGGAAGUUUGGGGACUCCAACUCGGACAACAUCUGAGACUAACACUCUACUCCUAAAACUCUAACACUUAGAAUUUACUGACUUUCACCAACACCUCCAUGCAGAGACACAUCCAAAUAAGUUCCUGAGACUAUCUACCAAUCGGAUGAAAUAUCUACUCAACUGGUAAUUAUACUGGUUUCAUUUAAUUAAAUUAAAUUAAUUAAAAUGUAUUAAUAGCAUUAUAUAUGACUGGAUAAAGCACGGUCAGAUUUCCAUAUUAAGAAAUCUUAGUUAACUAAGAAUAUAUAGUUAUAAACAUUCCAUUCUGCAGGUGGAAUUAAGAAUAAUUAUAUAUUGAUGUGAUAUUAUCACGUGUUAGCAUACCGCUGUUUUUAUCCAGGUGUAUUGAUUUGCUCUAAAUUAAGAUAGAUAUCUUUUAGACAAAUUAAAAAUCUGCUUAUAUAAUAUGUAGAUUCUCUUAUUGGAUUGUUUUCAGGAAAUGGCUAAUGAACUGGUUUAAAUGUUAUUUUAUUUAAAAAUUACAUAAGAAUAGAUCUUAACUACCUAGGAGAUCUAGCCAGCAUUGAAAGGGUUAUUCUAACUGUCUGCUAAACUUUACGACCUUACGCUGCACUCUGAGGAAUUCUGUUCUUCGCUGUGAAAAGUUUCACUUUAAGUCUGUGAAAGAUAGUCAUAAAUAAUUCUUGACAGGAAAUGCUAUUUUGCCAUUGUAACGUAAUACCCAUUUCUUUGUAUUGCAUACCAAUUUAUACUGAAUAUUCAUUGAUUAUUGUCAUGCAUGUUACAUAUAAUAUUAUUAUUAUUAAUUUGUCAUAUAAAUAAAAAUCUAUUUUUAUACAUUGUGAUAUUAAUUAUAUGAAAUACAUUUCACUUACGAUAAACGUUCUUUGGGAUCUGAGAAUUGAAUUAGUGGGCGAUUCUCACUGUUACUAUUAUUAUCCCAUAAAUAUCCCCACAAGGCUAGCUCUGCAGGCGGGGAGCUGCUGUCUGGACUCUCUAUGCUGUGUAGCUGCUCCCCCACGGAUCAGUGAGUAGAGAGAUGCAGGUGCAUGCUUUAACUUCCUAUCCCUGCCUCUCUCCACACACACAGUAAUCUCUGUUUAUACGGAGAACAAUGCCGGCAUUUGUAUUGCCGGUAUUACUGCAAUAUCGGCACCAGCCUGGCAGCCUGAAAUAAAUACCAGCCAGGUGGCAACCCUAGCACAGCUUCGGGGGUGCCCUGAGGUGGCCAGAUGUCCGCCUCCUUCCCCCCGUGACAGAGCUCCUCUCAACGCCCCACCUUCGGGCGCCUUGAGAAUCGACUCGGCACUGGGGGCGGCUCAAGAUCUGUUCGCCCAGCGCUGAGGCUCCAAUAGUGUGUAAAAAAAAUAAAAUAAAUGGACCUAUUCCAUGGUCGUAUGCCUGGGUCUGCAGCUCCAUCAGCCCCUAUCUUAAUCUAGCCCUGCACUUAAAUAUGCAGCCCUCAGACCCGAACCCUGCUGAAAGGUGAAAGCGGGUUUGUGGACAUGCAGACCAGCUCAACUCAGGGCCUGGACUCUGGGGGUGUGAAAAGGUCUGACACAGAGGGCGAUCCAUAUCCCUAG